AUGCGAAGCACUUGUAAGUCGGAAAACCUUAGAAGAGUCCCUAAGAAGGAAGAGCCGCAGACGGGGCAAGAAAAAAUACAUGAAUCCAACACUUCCUACUCCAAAAACCCGAGUUCAGUAAUUAAAAGAGGAGAUGACAACUCCCUACUUAGAAUACACCGUGUCUACUGUCUGAAGUUGCAAGGAAAAGGGGAGGAUCUAAAAGUGGAGACGAGGCAGUACAAAAUGAUACACAGGAGACUACCGCCCGUCACGGCAGGCAAGAAUAGUAGUACCAGGGAAGAUGAAUCAAAUUCCUGA